AUGGCAACGGCAGCCACGAUGACGCGGUCUGCGCCGAGCAAGCCUGACUCUACGUCCGAGCCUACGCCAGCAAAGGAGGCACCCGAGACUGCGAAAUCGGCCUCAAAGUCGCCACAGCCGCCAGCAUCACUGCCCCCGAAGCCUCCGGCGGCCGCCGCAACAACCGAUGAGGCUCCUCAGAAGGAGUCAUCCCCGGCAAAGGAUGAACCUAUCCAGCCAUCUAUUGAGUCAUCGAACUCGGGGGACGCCACGGCAAAGACGACUGAGUCGAGCAAGCCAGAAAAGGCUUCUCCGCCGGACGAGGCGGACGACGUAGAAAUGCAACUCGACUCACCCGAACCCGAAGCCGCCCCCAAGUCACCAGCUGCCAAGCCAAACGGGACGGAAAAGACGUCUUCGCCACCCACAUCCAACCCGACUGCCGAUGUAGACCUGAAACCAGCGAGCUUGUCCCAACUCGACCUCGAUGGCAAGAAGGGCUCUCCCUCGCCACGACCUGAUGCUGACGUCACUAUGAACGACGCUCCAGCAUCUUCCUCAAAUAAGGUCGCCCGUGAUCGCGAGGAUGAUAAUGUCGAGGAGCCUGCUGCCAAGCGCGCAAAGACCGAACCCCGGGACGAGGAGCCCGAGCCUGCGACAGAGCGCGCAGCAACGGCCGAGUCCACAGUCGAGGUGGCGUCUCGCCUGGAUGUCGCGACAGAUGACGAACCCGACCCAUUCCGCAAUCUGAAGGGCUGGAUGACGCGGCUCUCAACGCGACGCCUGUCACGCAGCAUCGGAUCCGCGAGUACCGCAAGUCCUUGCCGGUAUCAAGAAGACAAAGCAUGGCGCUAUCUUCAAGGACUCUGUCGCAAAGAUGUGGCCUCAGCUUGGCGGAAACUAUGCUGCUCUUGUCGCGAAACCCAUGGACAUUGCAACGCCGUGUCCUUCAACGGCCCCAGCCACGACGUCACACUCGCGGGGAAAAACGUAGUGCCGGCGAUCUGGGCUAGGCUCCUGGAUAUCCCGGCCGAGGAGCCCCCCAAAGCAAAGGCGCCACCCAAGCACAACCCUUCGAGGCAGGCCGAACAACGGCCGCCUGUCGCUGCGCCCCGACCUGCUGCCGUCCGUAAAGAACCGCGUCCCGUGCCCCCCAGUCCCGCCGCUAGACCCGACGCUGAGGCAUACGCCGUACCGCCUGGUGGCGUGCCGCAGGUCCGACGGGCGUCAACGCACAAUGACACGGACAGGCCGAAGCGCGCAAUCCACCCGCCCAAGAGCAGAGACAUGGAUUACAUGGCGCUUCAGAAUUUUAACAAAAAGAAGCUGCCGUUGGAUCUGCAAUUUGCCUACGAGGUCGUCUCCUCCCUGAUGGAUGUCAAGCACGAGGCCAUCAAUGCACCCUUUGUCGUGCCUGUCGACCCUGUCGCGCUGCAGAUUCCUCAGUACUACUCCCUUAUCAAGAACCCCAUGGACCUGGGUACCAUCAAGAAGAAGCUCAUGACAAACGAGUACCAGACCGCCAAGAGCGUUGUGGGCGACGUGCAGCUCAUUGUGAAGAACUGCCUCAAGUUCAACGGCCCUGACCACCCCGUGUACGGGCUCGCGGUCCAGCUCGAGAGGCUCUUCCGCGACAUGUGGAGCAAGAAGGAGCAAUGGAUCACCAAGCACACGCCGGCCAAGCCCGCGUCAGAUGCUGGGUCGGGUGAGGACAGCGAGGAAGAGUCAGAAGACGAGCAAGCCGCCUCUGCACCCGCUGCUAAGAUCACUAACGGCGCGAUCCAGCAGCUCGAGCAGCGACUCGCGGACGAGACGAGAAAUCUGUCGCAGCUGCUCAUGAACAUAGACAACCCCGACGAGACGAUGAUUGAUGUGCAGCGUACUGUCGUGAAUGCCAUCAGGAAGCGUCUCAUCGAAGAGAAGGAGCGCGCCGGGACCCAGAAGGCUGAAAAGCCGGCCAAGAGCAAACCUGCCAAGCCAAGCCACAAGGCCAAGGCCCCUGGCAACGGUCCGAGCAAGAAGGCCGCCGGUGGCCCGUCGCACAAGAAGGGUGGUGCUUCAGGACCCAAGAAGAAGCGGCAGAUGACUCAGGUUGAGAAGGACGCGAUCGCCAACGGUAUCAACGACUUGGACGAGAACAAUAUCGCGCGGGCCAUUGACAUUAUCAAGAAGGACACGGGUCAAUCUGAAAACGACAGCGGCGAGCUCGAGCUGGAGAUUGACCAGCUGACUCCCGAUGCCCUCCACAAGCUGUGGGAUCUUCUCAAGAAGGUUCUUCCCGGUUUCGCCGCCUCGGUGCAUCCUCCAGCGGCAGCCGCACGUGACUCGUCCCCAGGUAGCGCCAGCGGUGGCGGACAGAAGAAGUCGGGCAAGCCGAAGAAAAACAAGUCCAUGAAUGCUCGCGAACAAGAGGCGCGCAUUGCCGAGCUCGAGCGCCUCAAGAACCAGUACCAGUCAGGCCAAGAGCCCGCUGGUGAACGUGACCCGGAGGUGCCUCUUCACCCGCUGCGUGAGGACUCUUCUGAUUCUGAGGAAGAGUGA